GUCGAUUGGUGAGGCGAGGAUCGGAAGGGAGCGAAACCGGCGAUGGCGGCCACGCUAAUAAGCAACGCGGCGAGGAGACUCGCUGGUUGCGCGCUUCAGCCGGCGGUUCGGCGCGCAAGGAUGGUGCGCAUCAGGCAGCUCACCGCUGAUGAGACGAAAGAUGCUGCGAGUCUCGUGGAGAAAAUCAAAACAAGGAAAGAGGAGCUGUAUGAUCUGAUCGCUCACUGUGAACGUAACUAUGUUGUUGGUGGGUCGACAGGCUUAGAGAACGGUCAGCUGCUUGAGUAUCUUUCUCACCAAGUCAAGCCUAGACCAAAUGAUCCUCACUGGCGAUCAUGUCAUCGAGCAACAACCUUCAGUAAUUACGUGAGUACGGCGGGGAGAUGGUGUCUUGGUUAUAUGAUUAUGGGUACUUUUUUUUCGAAACGGAGGCAAAAGAUUUGCCUCAUCGAUUAAUUAAGAAGAAG